CUAAGAAUACUGAAUUUAAGGCUAAGUAUGAUAAAGCCAAAGAUGAGAUUACAAAAUUAAGAAUCAAGCUCAGAAAUAGAAUUGAGGAAUUAGAAAAAGCUAGAAUAAAUACUGCUGUUGAGAAUACUAAAUAUUCUAGGUAUUCGCGAAAGGAUUUCUCUUCUGAAAAACCUGCUGAUAUACCUAACUUCAUAGUAGCAAAUGAAAUAGUAUUUGCCAAUUCAAAGUCAUCAGAGAAAAAGGUCAUGAACUCUUUUCUGAAUGAGGUGAAUAAAAAAAUAGUUAGUGAUAAAAUUAGGCAGAAGAAGCUUGCAAAAGUGGAAACCAUUUCCUCUGAAAAGGAUAAGCAGAUUUCAGUUGACAAAAGGGUGCUUCAUGAUUUGAUACCUUCAGUAUCUUCCCAAAGAGAAUCAGAUUCAAGCGCUAAUAUUAUAGAAAUGGAAAUGCCAAUCUUUUCUCUUUUGUAUAAAAAUUUUGAGGCUCUUAUUCAGAGACGAGAUAAGAUCACAUCUGAAAAAUAUGUUAAUCUGGAGUCUAAUACAGUCAGUAGAAUUUUAAAUAUAGAAGUUAAAGCUCAGCUUCCUGCAGUUACUUUUGAUGCACUUUUAUGGAAAAGAAUUGAGCAGGCUAAGAAGCUCUAUACACUUUUAAUUUGA